CAACUUCCCCUCGCCGUGUACCGACCCAAUUUGACAGCUGUUUUCGUGAAGAAAGAGUGCACUUCGCCGUGAAGUUUCCUCCCGUGUUUACCGGAAGUUGCCGCGGCCCAAAGUCACGAUGGACUUUGCCAACAUCUGCCGCCUGUGCCUGCAGGAACGAGGCCGGAUGCGGAACGUGUCGGAGUACCAAAGUGACUUCUUCAAGAUCAUCUUCAGCAGCAUCCUGCAAAUCGAGGUCAUUCCGGACGACCAGCUGCCGCAAAAGAUCUGCUGGCAGUGCAUCUCUGCGCUAACGAAGCUCAACAACACGGUUCUGGAGUUUCGGAGCAACGAUCUGAAGCUGCGCAACCAGCUGCGUCAGAUGGCUCAGGUCAAGGUGGAAAUCGCCGAAGACGAGCAGGAAGUGGAUCCGAUUUCGAUCAUAAAAUGUGAAGCUGUUGUGGUGGCUCCAGAUGAAACCACAACACAACAGGAUGAGGACAGUGAAGCUACGUUGGAUGCCGAUGAGCAAGACGAUGUAAUUAGCCCUGCAUAUGAAGAGCACGAGGGGUACCAACCAAGUGAAUUGGUUGAGGUUGAUUUAACGAUGAACGGAGCAGGAUCUGUGCAAAACAAAAUCCCCGAGAUAAUAAAUCCCAAGGGAAAGCCUGGUCGUCCUCGGGUGCGACCCAUAAUAGUGCGGCGGAAGGGAGUUUUCGGGCGUCGGCCCAUUCAUCCCAGAGAUCCGAAAGCGCCGCGCAAAGAUGAGAAACGCUGCUACAUCUGCAUGAGUGAUAUCUUCGAAAGCGCAGAGGCACUAUUUUACCACUUGAACUCACAUGCCGAUCAGCUGCCGUACACGUGCACGAUCUGUGUGCGGGAAACUGUCGUUAUCAAACAGAUCACCACGCUGAACAUCCACAAAAGGAUGCACCUACUGCCGGUGGCGUGUUCGCACUGCGACAAGCGAUUCGUCUCCGAUUCCAGCCUGAAGAUGCACCUGACAACUCAGCAUCAGGAACUCGAUGCAACGAGUGCCGCACCCAUGCCGUGUCCUACGUGUGGCAAAGAGUUCCUCUCUGAGAAAGCGCUCAAAUUCCACAUGCACUCCCACAACCAGCAGGGCAGCUGCGAAAUCUGCGGAAAAGUGUACUACGCGAAACAUAAGCUGAAACGACACAUUCAGCGAGUUCACGAAAAGUCUACCAAAGUCGAGUGUCAAAUUUGUCACAAAACGUUAAACGGGUUGGAUGUACUGCAGAGUCACAUGAAACAUAUGCAUUCGGACGAAAAGAUGCAGUGCAAGUACUGUCCAAGAACAUAUACAUGCAAGGCAAGCUUGCUGCAUCACGAAAAGCGCCACGAAACCCUGCCCGAGGGGAAAGAAAUAAGCAAAGACUGGAAGGAGUACUACACGUACGUCGAUGACGAAAGCACCAACGGUGUCCGCCGGAAGAAGUGCAACCUGUGCGGCAUCGUGGUGCUGGGCAUCGGCGCUCAUCUAACGCAGGUUCACUUCCCAAAAAAGUUCGCCUGCGACCUGUGUGAGGCCGAGUUUCGCGACAAAAGAGCGCUGGCCGUGCACAAGCUGGAGCACAGCAAGGGCAAGUUCCUCAAGUGUCCCAUCUGUGAUCGUGAAUUCACCGAGCCUCGCUAUCUGAUGAACCACCUGAAGACAAAGAAGCACCGCGACCAUCCGCUGGCGCAGAACACCGAGUGGCUUAACGAAAUGACUUCUUCGGUUGUUAAGACGCCCAAAAGAACGCAACUGAAGACCGCAACCAGGCCGCCGCAAGAAGAUGAACACCAAGUCGCAGUGGAUGGGCUUGAAAUGUUUGAGCAAGACUGGAGUGAUUCAAUUUGAGCUUUUUAGUGUGUCUUCGUGUUUGUUUGAAUAAAACUUAUUAAAAACGGCG